AUGUCUUUGAGAUUGCAGUUGACGCUGAUGCAGCUGCAGCUGGUGGUGGUGGUGGUGGUGCUGCUGCUGCUGGGCCACUGCUGGGGGCGGGCUCAUCCGCAGAAUCCGUUCGAGAAGCUGGCGGUGGGCGCGCUCGGCGUGGGCAGCCAGAUCAUGAACAGCCUGCAGGAGGGCGCCAAGGCCUCGCAGCAGCUGAACUUUGACAACGGCCUGAUGGCCGUGCACUCCAAGACGGACGUGGGCUAUGGCGACGCGAUGCGCGGCAACGUGGACGAUUCCGACAGCUCCGAGUCGGAUGAGAAGCGCCGCCGUCGGCGCAGGCGUCACAGCGCCCAGAGCAUGCUCAGCCGGCAUCUGGCGCUGCAUCGCCACAAACGCUCGCCCUGCAUGAUGAUGGGCGCCACGACGGAGUCGCCCGACGAGGUGGAGGCACGCAGGAGACUCGCACGCAAACGCGCCGCCAACAAUGCAUCCCGGACGCGCAUCAACAAGUCGAGCAGCAAGAAGAAGAAGCUGCUUGAGCCAGCCGAGCGACGACGUCGCCAGGCGCCGCAGCAGGACCAGCAGCAGGGCCCCGGUCUGGGUGAGCGGGUCAAGUACUUUUGGCUCUCAAUCGUGGACAACGUGGCCGAUGCAGUGCAGCAGAUGCGCCAGCGAAUCAAAGGAGCCGCCGCUCAAGCAGCCGAAGGCGUGCAAUCAAUGUAAAUGUCAAUCAAAUGGAUUUUUUUUUUUUUUUU